AGUGUGAAAAACAAAUGUACAACAAAGCCACAGAGACAAACCCUAAGAAACUGUCUGUCAGACAAAGACAUGAACCUUAAACUAGGAAAGCAUGCUUUCCAACAGUUGCAGAAGGGUAACCUUAUCUUCUAUGAGGGAGACCUGACAGAGUGUGGCAUUGAUGUCACAGAGGCAUCAGAGUACUCAGCCUUGUGUACAGAGAUGUUUAAAGAAGAAUCUGGGCUAUACCAAGACAAAGUCUUCAGCUUUGUGCAUCUGAGCAUUCAAGAGUUUCUGGCAGCAGUAUAUGCUUUAGAAUCAUGGCUGGGGAAAUCUGAAAAUGUGUUUCAUGAAUCAUUCAAGUGUGACAAGUUGUCUCACUUACACAUGAGUGCCGUGGACAAAGCCUUGCAGAGUAAGAAUGGACACCUGGACCUGUUCCUUCGAUUCCUUCUGGGCCUCUCACUGGAGUCCAAUCAGAAUCUCUUAAAAGGCCUUCUGACAAAGAGAGGAGGUCAAACACAGAGCAUUGAGGAAACAUUCAAGUACCUUUCAGACAAGAUUAAGAUGGAAUCCUCACCAGAAAGGAUCAACAACUUGUUCCACUGUCUGAAUGAACUUGGGGAUAACUCUGUAGUUGAAGAGAUCCAGACCUCCCUGCGAUCAGGAACUCUUUCAGAAACAAAGCUACAACCUCACCAAUGUUCAGCCCUGGUCUUUGUGUUACAGAUGUCAGAGGAGGUGCUGGAGGAGUUUGACAUGAAUACAUAUAACACAUCAGAGGAAGGUCGUCUAAGGUUGCUGCCAGUAGUGAAAACCUGCAAGAGAGUAUCUCUAGGUCAAUGUGGUCUGACAGAGGGUUGCUGUUCAUAUCUGGCCUCAGUCCUGAAGACACCCAACUCCCAACUUAAACAACUGGAGCUGAGAGACAACAACCUGCAGGACUCAGGAGUUACACUGCUGUGUGCUGCACUGAAGGAUCCAAACUGUAAACUACAGGAACUAGGCCUAAGUCGGUGUGGUAUGACAGAGGGUUGCUGUUCAGAUCUGGCCUCAGUCCUGUGUUCAACCAAAUCACAACUGAAACAACUGGAGCUGAGAGACAAUGACCUGCAGGACUCAGGAGUUACACUGCUUUGUGAUGGACUGGCGGAUCCAAACUGUAAACUACAGAAACUAGGGUAAGUGUGUAUGCGUGUGCAUCCUCCUGUAUGUGUGUUAGGGAUAGUGUUGCACGAGAUACCGAACAUUAAAAAUGGUUCGGUACUAUAAUUAUUUUGACUUGCGGUAAUUCUGUCAAAUGUGUCUCAUGGAUCAAGUCUGUCUAUCAGCACAGCUGAUGUCCCCCUGCCUGUCCCACUUAGCCUGCACUGGGCGGCAUCAGGUUAGCUCCCUACUCAUGCUGCACAGAAAACACACUUGAAUAAUGCAACACGGCAUGUAGAAAUGUUGAAACUACUCAUUACCAGAGAUGUGGACUCGAGUCACGUGACUUGGACUCAUACUACUCGAGUUGCACAUUUU